UUCAGCUCAGCUCCUGGUUUAACUCUUGAGUGUGGUGUUAUUUGGACACGCCCCUGCAUCCCCUCUUCUUCUGAGCUGCACUGGAGACUAAACCCUGAACGCAUCUGGCAACCCAUGUGAGAGCUGGAAGAAAAAGACAAAUACUCGCCCAUCACACGUAGGAUUAACACGUGGGUGUGUGUGUGUGUGUGUGUGAGAGAGAGAGAGAGAGAGAGAGAGAGUUAUUAAGCCGACUCACUCACGUUCAAUAGUGAAAGUAAAUUGCACCACGGGCGCGAGACACGCAGAACAGAGAACUUGCAGCAGAGGGACACAGACAGAGAAGUCUCACACACACCGGGGAUCAUCACGGAGCUGCGCAAACACUGUGUUUCCCACUGGAGACACACAGGACCAUGAGGAAAUGAACUCUGAUGGUCAGUACAUCAGCGUAAUGAAGGGAAAAAGUCAGGCCUUUUGGAUUGUUCUGGCUGGAGUUUUCCUUGCUGCGAGGGUGUGUGAUGCUGAAUGUAUUAAGCUCAACUUUAAAGCUCACAUCACGGAUCAUUUAUUAAUUGACCACUGGUUUCAGAUGAAGAAUUUCACCCCCACUGGUGAGGAGGUUAAGGAGCAGCAUGAACUCCUGUCUGUCAUUAACACCAUCUGUUCAAGUUUCCUAGCAAAUGAAAUGUUUUACCACCCAAAUCCUAUUAAUAAGACCAUACAGACAAAAGUGGUGUGGACAUAUUUACAAAUGGUGAAAGCUCUGGUAAAUGCUUCGAGUUGGAAUGACACUGUACAGUUUUGUCAAAAACAUUCCUGCUUUGAAUCUUUUGGCACGAGUUUCAUCAACACAACGCAGUUUGAGAACAUGUAUAAAAAAGUCUGUAAAUGGAAGAUAUCGAUCCCAGAGUGCCCGUUUCCUCAGAGCACAACAACAGCAACGAGUCAUACAUCGACUCCUACUGCACCUGAGCCACGAGAGCAGACAUCCUCUGAGUCACCUAACGAAAAUAUUUCAAAACAGCCCAUAAAAUCUGAUGUCCAGAAUCCAGAGUCUCAGUGUGUCUCGUCAGGCCUGGUGGUGUCAGUGGUGGUGAACAUCAUCCUCAUGAUCCUUGUCAGCGUUGGACUUUAUCAUCAAGGACGCAGAUAUCUGAGACCUGUUCAGGAUCAGAAUAAUAGAGAAAGUCAUACAGAGAAUGUGGAUUUAGUUUCAUUGAAUUCAUCAACAUAAAUACACCUGCAGUGUGCUGAGCUUUGGACAUAACCACGAUGCUCAGUGAAGUGGAGGCUGGAUUUUGGACUGAAGCUGAUGCUGAUUAUAAACUGGAACGUUCAUCAUCUGGUGGAACUCCAUAUUAAAGUCUGCUGUAAUAAAAGCACAAAGGCAAAGUGAGUGCUUGAUACACUGGCGCUGUGAUCCUGUGAGUUCCUCAUGUGUGUAUAUAAAACUGAACAAACUGACAGCUAAAAUCUGAUGGUGGGAUUUAGCAGUAAAUUAAAUAUGAAUGAAAAAAAUGAGUGAAUCUACCUGAGGGAGGACGAUUCACACAUUUUAGUAAGAGAAAGAUACUUGUGUGGAAUAAUGAACACAAAACUAAAAGAAAUAAUAUAGCACAAACAGCGACUGGGCCCAAGCACCCUCUAGAAGCAGUAUGACAAAGCGUGGUACAUUAGGCAGUUGGUGGAGCUGUGAGUCUCUGACAGAGAGACACGUAAACUUUGAACCACACUGAAUAAUGUAUUGAAUUGAAUGGCAUGACUUGUUCGUUGAUCGCAUCACCAUGUCAACACCAUUUAAGAUAUUGAAAACCUACACACACUUGCUGUUUGUGUAAUAAGCUAAUAUAUAACAUAUAUAGCUAAUAUCUCUCCCUCUCUCUCUCCAUAUAUAUAUAUAUAUGUAAGUAUUAUAUAUUUAUAUGUUUGUGUGUGUGAGAUAAAUAAUGAAGCUAUUAUUGUAAAUUCACUUAAAAAGCAGGCAAAGAAACGUGGACGCUUUUCACCUUUUCAACAAGUCCCAAGCCCUGAACAUGCCCCGCCCCCUUUCCUCAUUAAACACAUGUUAAAUGGCUCUAAGUUUGCAUACUUGAAUCGGAUUGGCUUUUAUAUUUUAUGAAGCAAGAAUAGUUUGUUGUCAUGUGGUUCUUUACACUUUGACUGUCACUGUUUGUGAACUUCGCUGAAAGAAUUUAAUCAUGAAAAAAUAUACAUUUCAUAAAGUUUUCUGUGUUUAAAAGGUCAAACUGUGUUGUAAAACACAUUGUUCAUUGCCCAGUGAUAGAGAACAUUAUAUAACUGUUAUAUUUAUUAUAUUAUAUUAUAUUAUAUUAUAUUAUAUUAUAUUAUAUUAUAGUAAUGUUUUAUAUUUGAGAGCAGUAUUUUAUCAUUUGUUAGAUUUGUUCAGGACGUAGUCAGAUUCUUAUUUUCAUGUCUCGGUUGAUUUCAGUGUCCACAUUUACUGAGACUUUUACUCCCAUUUCAAUAAAAAGCACUGGGGACACGGUAUUUUUACAACAAUCUAACGGGUGUAAUUACUGAAAAUCUUUAUUUAACACUGUUCCAUUGUGUUAUUGUGGUGUUAUUUGUGAUUUACACGUCAGUCAUUAACGCUUUAUACUGUGUGUGUGUGUGUGUGUGUGUGUGUGUGCACACAUUCAGUCUGUUGUAUACUGUAGUGUGUUUCUGCUGUUGUGUAAAAGGUUAUUUAUAUACAGUUUAUUGUUAAUGAUGUGCUCAUGAACCGCAUGAAUAAUAAAA